AUGUCGCAUAUCUAUGACUUCAGCUUGCCGUCGCUGUCGCUACUGCCAAUUGCCAUCCCCAUCGCCAUCGCCAUCGCCAUCGCCAUCGCCAUCGCCAUCGCCAUCGCCAUCGCCAUCGCCAUCGCCAUCGCCAUCGCCAUCGCCAUCGCCAUCGCCAUCGCCAUCGCCAUCGCCAUCGCCAUCGCCAUCUGCCCGGCAUCAGCAUCGCCGUCCAAAUCAUAA